GGCCUGCCGGAGCUGCGCGCGGGCGUCGCGCGGCUCUACAGCUCGCACGUGCUCCGCGACAACUUGGUCACGGCCGACGAGGUCGCGAUCACGUCGUCGGCGACGUCGGCCAUCGACGCGCUGCUGUUUGCGGUCUUGGAGAAGGGCGACGCCGUGCUCACGGUGGCGCCCUUCUACGUGAGCUAUACCAGGGACGUGGAGGCGCGCGCGGAGUGCGUGCUCGUGCCCGUGCCCGGCGCGACGGACGGCGUCCCCACCGUGGAAUCGCUGGAGGAGCACUUCCAGUGGCGCGAGCCGCGACCGAAGGCCCUGCUCGUGGCGUCGCCGCACAACCCCUGCGGCUCCGUGCUGGGCGCGCAGACGUUGAAGGACAUGGUCAGCUGGACGCGGCUCCGGAACGUCCAGCUGAUCGUCGACGAGGUCUUCGCGCUGUCGACCUUCGAGCCCGGCGCGUUCACGUCCGUGCUGGACGUCUUGGACGCGGCGGAGGACAACGCGCACGUCCACGUCGUCUACUCGGCUUCGAAGGACCUCGCGCUCAGCGGCUACCGCGUCGGCGCGCUGAUCACGAAGAACCCGGCGGUGCUCGACAGCUUCAAGUGCCUCUCCAUCUUCUGCAACGCGGCGACGCUGCCCCAGGCCGUCGUCGCCGAGCUCCUGGACGACGACGCGUGGCUCCGCGACGCGUGGAUCCCCGAGCUCCGGUCCCGGCUCAAGGCGUCCUGGCGCCACGCGAAGAAGCACUGCGACGCCCACGCCCUCCGGCGCCUCGGCAGCGACCCCGAGGCGGGCCACUUCUGCCUGCUGGACCUCCGCGGCGUCGCCGAGGGGCCCGCGCUGAACGCGGCGCUGGAGAAGGCGGGCGUCGUCCUC